AUGGCCAUCAAUACUCCAUCAAUAUCUCUUUUUGAUGGUCGUUUUAAAGAAGAAACAUGGAUACAAGAAAAGAUCAAUAAACUGAGCCUCAAAAUGCUUGAUGAGAAGCAUUUCCUCGUUCUCUCCUUUUGCUACAAUGCCGAGAUUUUACGUCACCUCGGCACUUGCCCACCCGGGUUUAACAAACCGGUUGUCGUGCUGCAAAACUGGAAGACCUUGUUGAAGAAUCACCAAAACGAGCUCUCACUGGAGAGCGAUUUCUAUUCUAAAGGCCUUUUCCUUCGACGAGCUGCCGACAUUACUAUUUCAAAGCAAAUCAAGAACCCAGUCACCGACAUUCAAUUGAUGAUCUUGACAUGCGCUCUUCUCAAGCUAUCGAUUAUCUACUUUGAGUCAGCUUAUUCGAAAGUUAUAGAUGAUUUGAAAACGAUCGCCGCUCUCGAGCUGCUCGAAGCGAACGUUUUGCUCAAUCAAUACCUUCCUCAGUAUGAAAUCAGCGAUGAAGUCGAUACAUUACUAAACGAAGAUCUAUUAGCCGAGCUUUGGGUGAGCUUUGAUCUCCCCAAGCCAGCCUCAUCCACUCUCUUCGAUGAUUUCAGUGGAACUACUGUGCAACUCGACACCGAGUUCCUUAAUGAAUGCGUUGCUGAACUUUGGCGAAUGCGAGAAGAUCGAGAUUUCCUGACACGUGUUAGCUGGUUGGCCUGUUUCGAGGAUCAGAUUUGGAGUGCUGUUCACGAGUGGUUCAAGAGCAUUAAAGUCCUUCCCUCAUCUCCACGGAACACAUCAGCCGAUGGGCGAAAGUUAUAUCCACUUGAUCUUGAGAUCUACUUCUUGAUGUGUGGAGCCUCAGCAGCGUCCUCUCAAGUGCAUCCAGAUCCACUUUUCCCAUCGACUGUAGCCAAGAUUCAUGCGAUCACCGAAAAUCAAAUAAAAUGCUGGAAGAUGGCUCUUGGAUCGCUGUGCACUAAUGACCCAUUGGACAAUGCCUCUCACAUGUACUUUCAAUGUAUCAUCGAGGCGACUCGUCUCGAGAAACCCCCAAGUGGAGUGAGAACGAUUUUCAGGGUCUUUGACUAUCUACGAGAAAGAGGUGACGACUACGAGUGCCAAAUGCUUGCCGAGAAAUUCGCUCAAAGACUUGUCGAGUUGUCGAUUGGAUCGAAAAUUGUCGAUCAUGAGGAAACGCAUACGUUGUUCCCAUCCGUCGAGGAGCCACUAGAUGACAAGGAGCGACGGAUUGCACACGAAGAGGCCUCAUCUUUUCUUGCUAUGUGCGAUUUGCAACGUGGUUGGCACAGUCAAGCCGAGGCUCGAAUCAAACAGUUCAACUCCACCGAAAGCAAACAGAUCUUACUCGAGAUCUACACUUUAUGGGCAGAGACAUCAACCGGUGAGCUACAAGAAGACGUCAUCGCGAAGCUAGAACAACUACAGGCGGAUCUCUAUGGGCCGAGUGCAAUCCUUGCAAGCAUUCACCAAAAAGCGUCCUCCUCUCCGGUGGGAAUCUCGUGGAAAGCAUUGGACACAUCGGCUUUUAUCACCUCUCCACGAAGUGUAAAGAGCAACAAAUCGAUCAAGUCUCCCACUUCUGACAUAUCAUUCGUGAGUGCCACCUCGGGCUACUCGAUCUCCACCCGGCAACGAUUCCCUGAAAAAGAAAUAGAUCCCAAUCGAAUCCCCACAACUCCAAGCUCACCACAAGAUGAUUAUAAAGAUGCAAUGCCUAUUUUGUCACCUCAACAGGAAAAUCAAACAUUGGGAGCUCGCCACUUGCCGAAGCCUCCCGUCUUCUCUCCAUCCACUCCCACAUCAGCUCUUGAUCGUUCAACAGCUCCCCGUUCUGUUGAGAAUAGUUUUUAUGAAUCACAAGCCGAGAAUUUUGUUGUUGAAAUGGCCAGUUUGACUUUCCUCGAAGACAAGCAGAGAAAGCUGAAAGAACGUCUUAUCACCAUGCAAAAUAACAUGAAAAAGACUAUUGAUGAGGCUAAUAAGCACAAUGAGGAGAUGAGUAAGCGGCUCGAGGCAACGAAAAUCAUAAGAUCUCCCGAGCCACCGAAGACAUCGCUGUCCGUUGAUCAAGCAAAGAAACUGGCCGAACUUGAGGCUCGCUUGGGGCAAAAUCCGAGCACCCAACUCAAAUUGAAUCCAGCCUCUCAAAUGUUACCCCCAUUUCCUGCCUCUUCGGCUCUCAGCUUUUAUGCAAAUCAAGUCCAAGCCUCUCUCCAACAAGCUUCACAGACUUUUCCCACUCAAAAUCCAAUGAGCUUUCAAUCACCGAUCGGAAUCUCGCAACUCUCCAAGAACACAACAUUUGGACAAGGUGUUCCGAUGAUGAAACCUCCACUCCUUUCAACGCCGACUAUUCCACCCACCUCAUCCACUCAACAGAAU